GUGUUGCGCAUCCCUGCCUGUUCCUGAGCCAGCACACCUCUAACGUACCACGGACUGCUGACCUUUUGUCGGCGGUCGCACCGUUCACACUAAUUAUAUCCCGCUCAGUACAUAGUAGUGAUGUCAGGACAAUUUGCAAUAUGCUGGCUCUGCGAAGCGUGCGAAUCUCGCCGUCCGUGAUGCUCACAAUCAUGCGCACGAAUGAUACCGCGGCACGCCCCCAGGGGAUUGCUUCACGGAGCUGCUUCACGGCUCGAUCAGCACUCCAGGGCUCGACUGUCACAAUCACGAGGACUGGUGAAACGAGCGUGAGAGCUCAAAAACGACGCCUCCGUGAAGGGCGGCCGACCGGGAUGAGCGAUGGGUUUGGGUGUGCAAGGAACUCCCUUCCCCUUGAGGCUUGGCCCACUUCACCACUCUGUCCAAGCUUCACCACUCCUUUUUCUAGCUUGCCCCAUCAUGCCGCAGCUCACCGCUUGGACCAUGCCUUGCUCUGCCCAGCUCAUUUUCCGUCUUCGUCAAGAAGACGUCGUAGCCUGACCGACUUUUUGCUAGCUGUCAAUCUGUGCACAAACAUAAAUACCACCACUCCCCGGCACCUGAUCUCCUACAUCGUUUCAUCCACCCCAUAUCAAGCCAUUCAAUACACCACACACACACAUUUCUCGCCGCAUACAUCAAUACCUCGCCCUCUCACCUCUGUUGCCCUAUAACAGAUAUCUCCUACCAACGCACACACACAUCGCUCUACCGAUUACUCUCACCUCCGAUUCUCCCGGCGUCCCACAAAUCUCUCUUCCACAAGGGAACAUAAUGGCUGUUAUCUGCGAUCAAGUCAACAUGUCGACACAAAAUCUCCCACCGUGUCCUGGGCCGCCCCCUACUCGUCCUCUGCCUCCGGUUCCUUCAAAAUAAAGGAAGGACAGUCGACUUCGGUCAACACUACCAAUUCCAUCCUAAUCGAUCUCCCUUCUGGCAUCACGUCUCCGGCCUAUCGAGUAUCUACCUC